UCCGCAGGCUGAACUUCAUCUCUUCAUCGUAACACUGAACUCCUACAUCGCUCACGCGUUGUACAGAACCCAACAUACUAGGCAAAUGGUAAGGCCAAGAGAAGGACAGACUUCUUCAUCCAGCCGAUCGUCUCCCACUGACUGUGCGGGCAGGUUCGACCCCCGUUGCCUGGAGACGGUAAACAAAUCCCGAAAGCGCAGCCUUGAAUCACCGACCAUGGCGCAUCAACGGAAGGAAAUCAUGCCCAACUCCUGUCCCCAGGGCCGCUGGACCUGGAACGACCAAACCAAGACCCUGCACUUCUUAAGUUUUGACGCGUCGGACGAGAUCAAGGGGAAAAAGAAGAAGGCCGAGCCCACGCAUUUGCAAGAACGUCCUUCCAGGCGACAGGAAAGGGUCUACAGAAGAGGUCGACCGCAGGACCAGAGCAAGAUCGCACAAGGCCCGCUGAGGGCCAGUACGGCCUCCCCGAAAGAGGCGAAGACGGACAGCGUUACUAUCGAGGAUGUUAAACACGUGGCACUCACGUUGCUACAAGAGAGCGAGUCCCAGUCCAUCCCUCAGGGCUUCUUCUCCCUGCUGAGGUGCCAGGAGCUGGAUGACUUCCUAGCUGCCCUGCUGCUGUACCUUUCCUGCUGCUUUGAGAAGAAGGUGCUGGAGAUGAAACCCAAGCCUCUCUUGGCCGAGCAAAUUGAAGCAGAUUUGCUGGCCAUGGUGGAGGCAGGUGCCAAAGUGGAGCUGGCGAAGAAGCAGAUGGCCUUCCACUACUCGAACCUGCUGCUGGGCCUCGGACUGCCCCAGCAUCACCACAUGGCCUGUGGGAGGAGCAGAGCAUCAUCGACACACAAAGACAGGCAGCUAUUUGAAUGCCUCUACAGCUUCGCCUGCCUCGUGGCCUGGGUGACCUUUGGCAGGAAGGAGCUUGAGAGCAUCCAGGAGGAAGUGGGGAGGCUGCUACGUUCUGACACCUUCAACACUGUCUCAAGGGCCAGGGGGACAAACGGACAGGGUUCCUCUAUCGCCAGCAGCCUCCAGAAACAAGGAGAGACGGAGGUGCAAGAGCAGACCGCCCCGGUCCCAGGUCGAAGGAGGCUCAGACAGAGACCUGCCCUGAGCCGCAUGGUGAAGCAGCGCUCCCCGCUCAUGGUGACCCUCCUGCCCUUGCCCCGGGAGGCUGCCCCUCAUCUCUUUGUUGGAAGCCACCCCCAGAGAGGACCCCCGGCUUUGCCCUGUGACCCAGACGCUCUGAUGGAGCAGCUCUCCUCGCAGCUCAACUCCUUCUGCUUUGGCAUCCUGGGGAAGCCACGGAGUCAGUUCAGCAGCACCACUCUCAAGCCCCAGAGGAUGGAAAGCGGCGAGGAAGAAGAGGAGGAGGAGGAGCCGGAGGAGGAGGAAGCGAGGGCGGAGGAGGAGUUGGAGGAGGGGGGGAAACUGGCGGAGGAGGUGGAGCAGCAGGAGGAAGAGAAAGGUGAUGAAGAGGAGAAGGACGGGGAGGACGAAGCUGGGGAACGUGUGACAGACACCGUGUCCUCCAUUGUGGCUCAACAUCCGGAUGAACACAGCCAGAUGAACGUGGGGAUCCCUGCUGGGGAGCUUCACUCGGACAGAGAGUGA